CCGAAUGGGGCUGAUUUUGAUAAACCCGGAAAACCGAAACCCGAUUGGAUAAAACCGAAACCCGUUUGGGACCCCGAAUGCCCAGGCCUAGGAUCUGCCAUUCCAUCUGAGAAAUCCGAAAGAAGAACGUCGGAUAAACUCAAGAAGCAUCAAGUGUUGUAAUUCACCUGUCUUCAUAGAUGCAUCUGUCUUCAACUCUCAUCCAAUUCUCUUUAGACUAUCAAAAACUUAUCAGAAUAUAUUUGAACAAUUUUAGUCUGAAAUAUUGGUAUGAGGAAAUGCGAGAAUGGUUUAAUGGAAAGAUAAUGUUCUUUUGGGGGAAGAUCGCCAUUUUAGGAAUGUUUGAAGCUACCAUACAAUGCGCCUCAGACUUUGGCGCUUUUCCCUUCUCUCUUACCACGUUUCUCUGCUUUUUAUUUUAAUUCUUUUACAAAAAAUUAUGAUUUAAAUUUAUCUUAAAAUAGGCAUUUUAAUCGAGGGUUGUUAACGUUACUUGACGCUGUGAGAAAGAAGUACUUGUUUAACUGUAAGAAUUAGACCAAUUGAAUUUGACAUCAUAGAAGUAAUUUGCAAGUCGCAGGAUGCAACAUGCACUUAAACGUCUGGUUUAAAAAAACAUGCACUUAAACGUAGGUAAUAUUUGAAUUAAAUAGUAUAAUGUUUUCUUUUUUGGUGCACAGGGAGAGAAGUUGCUUUUAGAAAAGGAAGUUAUUUAUUUUUUCUCAAAAUUUUAUGAGCAAUUGCUCAAAGUUGUUUCAGCUAAGAAACAUGCCGAAAGUUGGUUUGCUUCAUAAAUAAAUCGAGAAAGUUAUACUUUUUGGUCAGAAUCCCAGCUUGGCCAUCCAAAGGAAGCUAAGACAACCCCACUUUCUAUUCUCUUCUUUGUCCCAAAGCAAUGUCAUUAAGAUUUUUAUUAGUUUCUCACAGAAAUGUAGUAUAACGGUUACAUAUCCAGUUCCCAUUAGUACAAAACUACAAAUCUUAGUUAUAAUAUUAACCUAUCUUUAAUAUGUUCUGCAUCCUUCUAUAUAAAAGCCUAAUAUUUCCUCAAUAGCCAUUGGUGAUUUCUCCCAACACAUCUUUCUUAGCAAGAAAAGAAAAGUUAAGAAGAUAUUAUUUUGUUUUAUUUUAUCAAUGGCUCUUUUGUGUGUUAGCAAGAAGAAAAUUGUGGUGAAGCGGGCAUGGAAGAGGUUCACACACAAGCUCAGAUCCAAAUUUAGAGACAUCAAGAUUGCUGUAUCGGUCAGAGAUUCGACUUCUCGUCUCCUCCGUGUCAUCAGUCACCAUCUCAUCGUUCCUUUCAGGACAAGAAAGUGUCCUAGAAGGGAUAGUGAGAGCAUUUACAGACAAAUCUACCAAUACGAAAGCCAACGAUGGAGGCAGGGGGAGACCAAGAGUGAUGAGAAAGUUGUGGGGCGAAAAAAGGAAAAAGAAGAAGAGGAGGGGCCGCAGGAGAUUGUUGAUUCGAUGGAAGAUGCUUGGAUGAGAGUGGUGGCUGCAUCACCGCACCUUAGGGUGGAUGAAAAAGCCGACCAAUUCAUCAAUAAGUUUAGAGAGGCGAUGAGACUGGAUAAGGAGAGAUCUUUACUUGAAUUCCAAGAAAGGUUAAUUCGAAAUGCUUGAUUUUAUUGAUUCUUUAGUCUUCUUCUUUUUUUUCCUUACUUGUGCUUUUUAAAGGUUGCUUCACGGAUGGAUUUGCAUGAAUUUUACGCUUUAAUUUAGGAUUGAAAAAUAUAUUUGGAAAAAAAAAAUCCUUACUGGACUUUAGCUAAACUUGGAACAUAUAUAAUUAAGAAGAACUGAGUAAGAUGAUCUGCAUAUAAAAUCUCCAACAUGAUCGAUUCGCAUGAGUUAUUUUCUCACACAAUGUGUAAGAUUUUUUUUUGUGUAUUGAGUAUUCGAUAACAACACCCAA